AUGUCGAAAAGCAUCCAAAACAUCGAAUUCAAGACGGUCGAUCACGUUGUCUUGCGGGGGUUUUUUUACAAAGCAGCGCAGGCCGGACCGCGGCCAUGUAUAAUUAUGGCACCCGGAAUAGGAGGAUUGAAAGAACAAUUUCUCCCGGAUUUUGCCGAGCGCUUCCAGGAAGCAGGCUAUGGAGUUUUGCUCUAUGAUCACCGCAACUUCGGAAGUAGCGAGGGAUCUCUUCGUGACGAGGUCGACCCGAACCAGCAAGCGCGCGACUACUCUGACGCCUUUGAUUUUGCUGCUUCUUUGCCAGACGUUGAUGAAUCUCGAAUCGUCUUCUGGGGCUCAAGUAUGUCUGGUGGUGUCGCUAUCUACGCUGCUGCCUUUGAUAAGCGUAUUCGUGCUGUUGUUGUCCAAGUUCCUUUCGCAUCGGGAGCCGCCCUAGAGGGACCCUUUGCGAAAAUUCUUCCAGGUGUCUACGAAGAUCGCCGUAGCAUAAAAGCUGGUGCUGCACCUGGGCUCACGCAGAUCUUCGCUCAGAAUUCGAAGGACGCGAAGGAUCCAAAUUGUACGUCUCUGACUGCUGAUCCAGCUCUCAUUCCAUUUAUCGAAGAGCUCGAGAACCGGAAGAUUCGCUGGGAAGGGGCAAUCACCACGCAAUCGAUCCAACAUCUGGUUAGUUUCGAGCCAGUGAGUGUUGUUCAUAGAAUCUCGCCCACUCCUUUGCUUGUUGUCGCUGCCGAUAGGGAUCACACUUCUGCCACGGCUCAACAACUCAAGCUUUAUGCGGCUGCACUUGAACCGAAGGAACUCGUCUUGCUACAAAAUACAGAUCAUUUUAUGCCGUACGUUGGUGCUACCUUCAAGAAGAACAUCAAGGCUCAACUGGACUUCUUGGCAAAAGUUUUACGCGACGAUGAAGUAGAGCUGUGA